AUGAAACGCGUAUUUGAUCGUUUUUAUCAUGCAACUGGCAUCAUUACCGACUCCAGCCAACGCGGUGUCGCCAGCCGGGUGAGUUCGAUGCUUGUGCAGGGAGCUGUAGCCUUUUCGCUACUCGGUACGCUCGGCGUUGACACGUCACCCCUUAUUGCGGCUGCUGGCAUAACAGGAGCCACUAUCGGUUUCGCAUGCAAGGACUUCGGUUCCAAUUUUGUUGCAAGCAUCGCGCUGAGCGGCCAGCAGUCGCUCCGCACCGGCAACUACGUGUCCAUCGGGACUGGUCCUUCCCUCAUUAAGGGGAAAGUGGUGGACUGGGAUACUCGUUACUUGUACCUUCUCAACACCGAAGGCCACCUGCUGCAUGUCCCCAAUAACAUGGUUCUCAACUCUGUGGUGGCGUGGGAAAAAGACCCGGCGGAGAAAAAACCGCAGAUCAAGGCUGAAAAUGGGAACGCUACUGCUGGUAAUAGUACAUCAAAGUAG